UGUCCCUUUUCCCCUCUUUUAUCCUGAACACUAGGCUUCGGAGUGCUGGUGGGCCCUCCCCCGUAGCUCAUUCCUGGCCUAGGGUGCCCUCAUUUUUUACUUCUUUCAGGUACCAUUCCACCCUUUUCUUUUGUGCUUGUUCGUGUUGCUUCGCCUCCCGUAGAUACUGCUCACACCUGUCCCUUUGUUCUUGUUCCCCUUGCCCCCCUUGUUGGCUCUUGACGUAAUCUUCCACCAUUUUCUGCCUCUCCUUGUCCUCAACGUCUGGUAUGCUAAGGUCCAUACUCCACUCUCCUACACAGGUGGCUCCAUGUAAGUUUCUUCUGCCUUCCACUUUUUCAGCCACCAUUUGUUCUCCUUGGGUUGACAUAGUUUUCUUUUGUAAUCCUUUGAAAACUCCCUGCAUUUCUACUUCCGCUUCUUCCCAUUCCUCCUCUUCCCGUAAUCCUGUUUCCAACAGUGGGUAUAUUCCCGUCGGCGGGUUCUUUUUCCUAGGUUUUAUCUCAGGUUUAAAUUGCGGGUUGUAUGGGGGCGGGGGUCCUCGCUCUCCCUGCUUUUCGGCUUGGGGUACCACUUCCCUUUUUUUUCAAUCUUGGAUCUUUCUUUUUUCAUCAUUUCCUGCACCUUUCUUGCUAGCUCUUUUUUCCAUUCUUUCUCUUCUCUCCCUUUCGUCCGCUUCCUCUUUCUUCUUCCAUGCCUUUUCUCGGUCCCUCCUUUCUCUUCCUUCUCGGUAAAACCAGUCUGCUAUCUUUUCUUGUUUGACUUGCUUCUCUCUCACUUUUUGUCCCUUCUUUUGUUCUCCCCAGAUGAUAAUUCGGUCCUUCAUCUUUUGACACUCUUUCUCUUCAAACGUGCCUGUCUUAGGCCAUUUCCAUAGUCCACAUGUCUUCUCAUUCCAUUUUUUGCAAUAAUGUCUAAUAUCUUUUUCAUCUGUCUUAUGUUUUUCCACAAUAAUGUCCAGCGCCGUCCUUCCUUUUUCUGUUUCAGCAGCCAUACUUGGCAACCAAAUGCGUUUUUCUUAUCUAGCUGCUCCUGUUCCACCCUCCUUUUUAUGCGUCCUUUUUCCUUUUUUUUUUCCCUUCCUCUUCGUCUUUUCGGCCCAGCUUUUUGUUUUCUCUUGACUGUAUACUACAAUGCUCACGCGUUAUUAUACAUUUUACACAUAACACAUUUCACAUUUUCCUCCUGACUUUCCCUAAUUUCAAAACACUUUUUUAUUUAUUUUUACUCAUACACUCACCAGGUAUUACUCUACCCAGACCUGGGCCCAGGAUUUAUUCCCCUCUAAGCAGACCUGGACUCACUCCAGCGGUAUCAGGGGUCCCCACCAAGCAGUCACCACUCUUUACGUGGCCGGUAUCUGGGGUUGUGAGGCCUCACCACCUGCCUCUAUUGCAACCUGAAUCUAUUAAUUCAGCGGUAUCGCAGGACUUUCAAACAUGCACUUUAAACACACAUUUCACUUUUUCUCUGUGUUACAGCAAAUCAGGCUCCUUUUCAUGACACAUCAUCUUUUGCCUUUUCUCACUCACUUCUUUACACUGUGCCCCAAUCACAAUACAGUACACUUAUAGUGGGCUCUUUUGGAGACCAACUCUAUCCUUUCUCUGGUCCGUGGGGCCUGAUCCAAGUGACAGCAGAGUAUCUAAGCCAGGACUUUGUUUAAACGGGUGCCUGUCAUACCCUUUUUCGUAUACGGCCUUUUGCUGUCCCUUGGGACCAAGUCCCACAACCCAGGUUCAGGAUAUUCGGAUCUUAGCCCAGUCCCAUCUGGGUUGCCAAAAUGUGGAACAAUUCUCUUUCCACUAAAUGGUACAUAUAACACAAGUUAAGAAUUUUCUAGCAAAACAUAUACUCACGCUAAUUCAGUUGACUCUUCAUUCAGGUUUCGAAAAAUACCACACAGAAUCAGUGAGUGAGGAAAAGCAAAGGUCCAAUUUUAUUUUGCCCAAGCACAUGAGAUCCAAACCGUUUGAGACAUCCCAAAGAGUGAUCUGACUAGCCUGGAGCGGGGCUCCCCUUUUAUACAAUUGUCCUAUGAGCCUCCGCCCCUUGAUCUAUUUUCAAAUACCAAUAUGUUUAGCUAUUCUUACCUCCCAUUCCCCUUAUGUCCAUAUUUGUACAGAUUCUGACAACCCUUAUAUUACAUCAUUACUCUUUUUCAGCAACUCUUAUAAUCGUGUUUUAUUAAUUUCCCUAACCCCUUAGGUUCCAAUUUCAGUCUUUUCCCAAUCCCCUUAAAUUCGACCUAGCCCAGUUUGGGUUUUUUAAAACCGUACUUCUCGUUUUGUUCAACACUUGGCUUCUGGUCGUUGGACAAAGAGGAUCUCUGUUGGUGCACCUUUGGAUAUUUUUUUUUCCGUUUAUUUGAAUAUGGCUCACAACGCGGGACUUGGUUUCCUAUUCGCUGCUCUAGUGGGACUGGAGGGCUUUGAUCUCAACACUAGAUACCAGCUGUCCCACCUGUUUGCAGACCUCGCUCUUUUGGUUGACGUCUUGCGCACUCCCUCUACAACGUCCACUUUCCCUCCUCCUCUACGAUAUCGGUUGAGCCCAGCUGCUACCCUUGUUGACGCCUCUACUCAGACGGGUCCUGUUAUCAGUACGCCUUCCCUGCUUUCUGCUGAUGACUACGAGGCAAUGGAUUCCCCCAGCACUGACUAUUCUGAUGACCCACUGAGCCCAAUCUCCUCCCCAGGGCAUACUCCUUACCAUCCGUCUUUCUCUCCCUCCUACUCUCCUACCAGUCCCUCUUAUUCUCCUACCAGUCCUCCUUAUUCCCAAUAAAUGUGGUGACAGCCUACUA